UUCGGGUGGUCCGUGGCGUUCGAAUAUCCGGCAGUUCGCUGAACGAAUAAACGAGAGUGUACUGAUUAUCGUAUUUACAUUCUUUGCGGAAAAACCGUUCGAUAAAUACUCUGCGGGAGCCAAAGGAGGACAAAUUGUGAUAAAAAGCAGAGUUAUUUUAUCUGCACAGCUCAGACGGAAGCGUCUGAUUUGCAAAUCCGCUGCAGUGGCGUGUGGUUGGCGGUGCCGUAUGACAAUAAGUGUGUGAAAAGUAGGCGCUGGCUGUGUUUGCAUUAUUUUAGGGUGUUUUAAUUUGAUUAUCAUUGAAACGAAGCCAGCAAAGUGUGGUCCCGACGCCCCCCCAUCAAGAGUGGUCAGCGGUGGUGCCCGGUGGUGAGUUUAUUGCUCGCACAACGUUCAGAGCGGUGCCGGAAGGCAGACGAAACAAGCGCAACCCCUAGAACAAACAGCAAUCUAGCAUCACGAGUUAGCCGGCCGACAGACAGCAUUGGUACAGACAGUGGCAGUCUGUGGAGAUCAUGCGCGCAUAGUUUUGUCAUACGUGUACUAAUCGAAUUUGUGUGAGCCUGUAGUUACGGUGCACGGACCGCGGACAGUAAGGGAUAAGUGUUGAACGAGGGAACUAGAGCAUGAUGAAAUUGAACAGACCCCGGUGGUCACCGCUGCUGCGGCGGAUUACUUUGCUGUUGUGCGCCGUGGUGCUAUUUCAUAACCCCGUAGCAGUGCAUGGAAAUGAUGAAACUUCCGCCGAGCCCCAGCCGGCUGCUGAGGAUGCUGAGCUGUACGAAACCCCAAAGAUAGACUCGAAACGUAUGUAUUUUGCGGAACAUUUCGAUGAUCUGUACGGUGACGACGAUGCCAUCGGUAAGCGUUGGGUGAAAUCGAAAGCGAAGAAGGACGAUGCGGCUGAAGAGGUGGCAAAGUAUGAUGGCGAAUGGGCUGUAGAACAGCCGCAGCGACCAAUUCUAGCCAAUGACUAUGGGCUGGUGCUGAAAUCGAAGGCAAAGCAUGCUGCGAUUGCAUCGCAUUUGCUGCUCAAUCGACCGUUUGUGUUCGAGGACAAGCCGCUGGUGGUGCAGUACGAGGUAAAUUUACAGGAGGGUCAGGAAUGCGGAGGUUCAUACAUCAAGCUUUUGUCCGUCGGUGAUGGAACGAAGGAUUUGAAGCAGUUCCAUGAUAAAACACCUUACACGAUCAUGUUCGGGCCGGACAAGUGUGGCAACGAUGUAAAGCUUCACUUCAUUUUCCGACACGUCAACCCUGUCAACGGUACCAUUACCGAGAAGCAUUGCAAUAAGCAGAAGGACCGACUGGACGACCCUUUCAAAGACAAACGGCCCCAUCUGUAUCAGCUGAUUAUUCGCCCGGACAACACGUACACCAUCCGCGUCGAUCACAAAACCGUCAACGAAGGUUCCCUCCUCACAAACUUCACGCCGGCAGUAAAUCCACCGGCCGAAAUUGACGAUCCGGAAGACCGUAAGCCCGAAAAUUGGGACGACCGUGAAAAGAUUCCCGAUCCGGACGCAUCCAAACCGGACGACUGGAACGAAGAAGAGCCGGCCCAAAUUGCCGACCCGAAGGCUACCAAGCCGGCUGGUUGGUUGGACGAUGUGGAGGAAAUGGUACCGGACAGCAGCGCGGUAAAACCGGACGACUGGGACAAUGAUAUGGAUGGCGAGUGGGAACCACCGUUGAUUCCAAACCCGCUGUGCGAGAAGGCAGUCGGGUGCGGUUUGUGGAAAGCGCCGAUGGUGGCGAAUCCCAACUACAAGGGCAAAUGGCGUCCGCCACUAAUCGCCAACGUUAACUAUCAAGGCAAAUGGGCACCGCGCAAGAUACCGAAUCCGGACUUUUUCGAAGAUUUGACUCCGUUCCGAAUGACUCCUAUUGCUGCGGUAGGCAUCGAAAUCUGGUCCAUGUCGAGCGACAUUCUGUUUGAUAAUAUUGUAAUUUGUGAUGACGAAGCAGUUGCAGACGAAUGGGCAGCACAAACGUUUGAUCUUAAGGUCAAAACACUCGAUCGGCAAGCGCAAACACUUUGGGACCGUGCGAUGAGAUACAUAAACUACAAGCCAGGCUAUUGGGGAGCCUAUUUCGUUUACUGUUCCAUACCGUUAAUAGCAUACAUAUGGUUCCUUUGGUCGCGACGAGAUAAAGAGUCGGACGCUAAGGCUGAAGUCGGACGGAAGAAGAAGGAUGACGAUUAUCCUGCCCCGGCGGAAGACGACCUGGAUGCUCCGGAGCUGGAAGACGAUGGUGGACGGUCGAGCAAAACGAAGCUGAAUGCCGCCACGACGGGAUCCUCCGGGUCACGAUCAGCCAGCAGUGCCGGUGAAGCUUACGGCGAAGAGGAGAACAAUGAGCAGGCGAAUGAAGAUGAAGCGGACGAGGAAAACGUCCCACAGGAAGAAGAGGCUCAGGAGGUGGGAGGUGGUGUUGAGGAGGACGCAUCGUCAAGCGAUGCACCGGUAGAUAGUAAGAAUGCGGAAGGUGGGGAAGGCCUUAAGAAGAGAAAAGCGCGCCGAGAUUAGACGGGGAGAACUGGUCGAUGGAUGGUAGAACAAUAACAUUGGAGCCGCGCGCGCGUGUGUGUGUGUGUGUGAUGGAGUUUUGCGUCCUCUGACCCUGCGGGGUAACGCGCAUUGCAAGGUAGGUCCGAAUUGAUCCGUAACACUGUAACUAGCAUUGUAAUCGUAGGAUUCAUUGCGGGCAUUUUUAAGGUCUGAUUGUUUUCGUCCUUGGUACUCGAGAGGUGUGUGUGUGUUCCUUUACUUUAAUUUGAAUUUGAAACUCGCAUUUUGAUUGACACACUCUCACACACUCACACGUAAACAUUCAAAAAAGUUUAUCCAUAACUGAAGGACUUAGUCAACCGGCAUUUUAACGCAAUUUUGUCAACACUUAUCUACACAGAUGAAAGCAUUUCGGUUGACCCGCUCUAAAUAUGUGUCCGGUACAGAUUCAAAAUUUCAACAAAUCGAAUUGAAGCUAAAUAAUUUGAAUAAUUUAUCAAAUGCAUGUACGACGCACUCACAUGAACACACAUGAGACACGCGUUCCGACAAGUUGGAUCGGAAAGGGAGAAAGAAUCACACAUAUAUGUAAGUAACCAACACGGGAAAGCAAUCUGAAAUACCAAUACUUUAUCCAUCAAUCACCACCAUCACCACCACCACCAAAGGCAAAGGCGGCUCUAGUUUAAGUAAGUAGGCAUACGGAUACGCCCGUACGCGUGUUAACUUUCCUCUAAUUUUCUUUCCUUCAUUUCCAUUGUGUGGCAUUUCUAUGUGUUUUGUUUUGAAUACCUUCUUCAGCUGUGUUUUGCAUAAAAAACUAAACGAAAGCAUGAAGGUAUCAUCUAGCCGGAUCAAAUUAGGAAGAUGCGUUUCGCGAUUCGAUUCUCCUAUCAUCACGCUGUGUGUGUUUUUUGGCACUUGAUUUACGGAGGGUUUUUCCUUGUGUUAGUUAUCCUUAUCGUAAGGCUGAUUCUCUAUAUAGGAGGUGGAAAAUCACACAGCAAACCAUAUGCUUAACUGUAAACAUUCUCAUUCGAUAGUAGUUGUUUGAAACGUUCGGACCGCUCCCAUUAGCGCACUGCGUGCGUGUGUGUGUGUGAAUGAUCCACCCGUUGAAUGAUGCUUCUGGAGGAUGGAUGCGAGUGCCCGAUAAGAGAAUAAAUAAAGCGUAAUUAAUUGACCAUCGACAUGGGGACGACGCA